UCAGUUCAGUUUAAUAAUAAAGGUAGUCAAUAAAGUACUGUAGGUGUUCGCUCCAAUGUAGCACAGGUGUUUAAAAAAAAGCUCGGUUUAUUUCGCGUGAUGUGCUUGAAGUAUGAACCCAGCGGCGUGACCCUCAUCGGUGGCCUCCAAGAAUCGAUUCUUUUUAAUUCGUUUCUGUGAACAAAUUAUGUGAAAACGAUGGAUUCGGGUCUGGGAAGCGACGAGGACCGCAAAGGUCGUACUAAGGAACAGAAGCAGCUCAGGAACCAGCAGCUCCUGAGCGGGUGCUUCAUCGACGCCGCCAGCCUCUCGGACGAUGCGGAGGUCGCCGCCGACCAGCGGCGGCACGACGAACGCCGCCAAGGAGCCCUGAUUUUCCAGUCGUCGAUACCCCAGUUUUCCAUGCUUCAGAUGUCCGGCAACGAGGCCACCGACAUCAGCGUCACCGUGCCCACUUAUCCCGAAACCAGCACGCCCUACAACUCCAUCGUGCAUCUGGAUGUCGAGGAGGAGGCCGCUAGGAAGUCGCCUUUGGGCUUCUACGUGGAUCUGAACGAAAUGCCGGAUCCGCCGAAGACGCCGCCGUCGACGUCGGCCAAGAAGAACAUUUUCUCGAUGGUCAUUGACUUUGAAGGGCCCAAGAAGGACAAGCCCACCAAGUUGAGCUCGUCGCUGAUUUCGUACAAGAAGAACAAGCAGUCAAAACAGUUGAGUCUCACGACCAAGUACAAUGGGAACAGUAGUCUCUCCUCGAGUGUUAGCUCUAUUAGCUCAGUGGCGGGGCCAAGUAGGCAGGUUGAUGAGAUCGAGUUGGUUAAUGACAAAGAAGAGCAUGAGGCUCACUGCAAUAACAACCAUAUGUCCUCAUCGUCAAAGUCAUCGAGUUCCAGCGAAAAUUUUCCUUUGCAGAAAAGCGAGGACGAGGGUUGUGGCCAAGAAGAGCCCCCAGAAGAUAAAGAGACUAAGGAUGAGGAUGAAAUGGAAAAAGAUACAGAGCAAAGUACGCAUCAAGAGGAAAAUCAAUCAAAAGCUGAAGAAGUUAAAGAAAAUAAUACUCAGGAACGGCCCCAGUUCGUGAAACUAUCGGAUCUAGAAUGCCAGAAGCCAAGACUCGAUUUAAAUUUUACCCCCCGGAUGAGCAAAUCCAUUCCAGAAAGCUCAUGGGUGGAGAGUCCUCUUUUGAUGUCAAGGUCGGCAGGCUACCGCAGUGCUCCGCACCCUCUGGAACCCGAAUCUGGAGACCUGUCCGAUUCUGGCAGUGCAACUGACACCAGUGCUUCUCAGCCAAGACGUUCGGUUCGACGCUUAGGGACCGAUCUGCUGCGGAUGUUUUUGGAAGAAAUUGGACCAGAUGUCACCGUCGAGGUCGACGGGCAUAAACUCAAAGCACACAAAUGUAUUUUAGCGUCGAGAUGCCAAUAUUUCGCAGCUUUAUUAAGCGGGAAUUGGUUGGAGGCUUCCGGAAAUAUUAUUUCUUUGCAAGGUUUUUCAUACGAAUCUGUUUACUUCGCUCUCUGUCACAUCUAUAGUGGUGCGGCCCACGUACCCGACUCCAUCAGCCUGGUGGAACUCGCCUCACUAGCAGACAUGUUAGGUUUAGAAGGACUAAAAGAAGUAGUCGAACACGCAUUAAAGCAACGUCAUUGCCACAGUUUUCACAAGCCAUGCGCUGGUUGUUGUACUGGCGUGUUAGAAGUUCUGCCAUUAUCCGCAGCGUAUGGUUUGGACGAUUUAUACCAAAAGUGCUUACAGUGGAUAACUCAACACUUUGUUAGAGUUUGGCCAAGUCGAGCAUUUGCCAGUUUGCCACGUGAAUUACGCGAAAAAUGUUACCAACAACAUGUGGUUCACAUGACUGCAGACAAAGUUUUAGAAACUAUAGUAAGUUGCGACAAAGUUUUAGCUACUUUACCAGCGCUUAGGUGGGCAGAGCCGGUAACUCAACUGGUGUUGCAACUUUCCGACGCUUGUCAUCUCUAUCAUAGGCAACACUUCGCUGCAGUGUUAGCAUCGCCGUCGUUUUUAGCGCUGGAUGCCGGCUUAGGCUGGAGUGUUGGACAAGUGGAAGAUCAGUUGUUGUCUGCUGCAGGGAAUUUGAGUGUGGAACAAGCUUGUAGGAGUUACGCGAGGUGCUGCAAGAUGCUCGAACAAAAUUGGAGUAGACCUUUUAAUGAUUUAUUAUACAAAAUUAAAGUGCAAUUAGAACAGUGCUUAGUAGCACAAUCGGAUAGACUUAUAAGGAGUAACGCAUGGCUGAGACUGGAUUCGACCUUAAGAUGUCGCAUAAAAGAUCUGACCCCAGUAACCGAACCCUUGAGUCGCCUGCCUCGAGCGACUCCCAAACGAACCAAAAAAGUGCCCCUGCAAUCAGCCACGAAAGUGCACAGUCAGAGCCCGACAAUAAGUUCUUCAGAUUCGUCUCGCAACUCAAGUCCCGGAAUUAACCAAGCCCAGUCCCGUCUUCACAACUCCGGCGGCAGCCCUUCGCUUCGCAGAAGCCUUCUGUUGGCAGCGCGAGCCCCGCAGGUGCCCCCGAGCCCGUCCACCCAUCGGCGCAGCACUUUGACGCAACCCACCCAAAGCAGCGCCGCUAAAUCAGCUCCAUCCAAGAACAUCAAGAGCACGCCCAGGAACCCUCCGCCCAAACCAGCGCCCCCUAGCGCUAAGCAACCGCAGAAGAAGCAGACGACCAUCGUGGCGGCGAGGAACGCGGUGUCGAAUCCGAACCUGCGCAAGCCGACGCCGAACCCCGCGCUCUCUAGUAGGAAACCUAUAAGCAGGUCCAGCUCGCCGCUGAAGGUCGACAGUCGGGCCAGCUCGCCGAGGAAGCUGGACAGCAGGGUGACGUCACCUAUAAAGGUCGACGUCAGGACGCCUUCGCCGAAGAAGAUGCAUAACGGAAGAGUGGCGUCGCCGAGGAAGGCCGAAGCUAGCGAUAGUAAGGAAGUGAAGCCCGCACCGACGAUGCAGAGGUCGAGCACGUUUUUGAAAGAGGAACCCACUAUUCUGGGGAAGGUGAAGUAAGGGAUGAUUUCCAGCUAGUCCAUUCCUAGUCAGGCAUUUCGUUUCUUCGUUUAUGUUUUGAUCUCGUUAUCGUAUUAUUUUUGUAUGUAUUUUUAUGGUUAGAAAACAUUGUGAUAUCUUAAAUUUAGCACUUCACAUGAAUGAAAGAAUUAGUCGCGACCCAUCAAUAACAAAAUGGUCAUGUCGAGCCGUUUUUAAUAACUGUUUUAAUAACAUUCAUUUUUUAAAAUACACGUGUAUCAAAUAACAUUCCACAAAUGUGAUAAAAUAACAAUACUUAUUUAUUAUUGUUACUGCUGUUACAGUACCUUAGAUGAGCAUCAAGCUUUCAGAUUUAGGUGCAGACUUCGUGCCACUACUGCAAAUUUACUGCCCGCAGAAUUUGUUUUAUAAAGAUGUUGGUGGUAACGAAAGAACAUUGUUAAGUUGAAUUAACAAUUUUUAAGACUGAAUUUCCAGUUAUUUAUUUUUUUUUUCAUUAAA